AGAUAGGCCAACUGCUCCUAAUCUAAGAAAACAGUCCGAAUGAUCCCGAAUACGAAGGCCGGUGAAGGCAUCUUCACAAGGGUAUUUGCAUUUACCAAUUCCUAAUGAUCUGUAUUCACUUUCUGAUACUGCCUUAAGACUGAGUGAUUUAGUCCAGCACAGCAACUGCCCAAUGGGCGAAAAUCUUGAGAAGCUGCUGUUCCUCAUCAGCUUUUCCAGUAACGGAUCUACGCCUAACCUCUGGGUCAAAAAUGAUAGGCGCAAAAGCCAUCAGAGGCCGGACUACCACCCCGGGCCUUGCACAGCAGCACGGGGGAGUCGGCGAUGUCAUGGUGAAAACCCCCUUUUAUCAGGUGGGCUGCUGUGGGCCUCUCUUUCGGACCAGCUGCUGCCACUCUAGGUGGCCCUCCCUCACCGAGUCUUCUUGUAGCCGCCUGCUCUACAUCCUCCUCCAUUUGGGGGCUUCAGCAAUUUGCUGCCUCCUGCUGUCCAGGACAGUGGUAGAAGGGGUCUGGGGCAAAGCACAUGGGAUCCAGAUGCCCUCGGUGCUGUGUACCCACCUAUUUGGCAGCCUGGACUGUCCAGUGCUCAGUGGCUCUGGGGCUGUGUAUCGAGUGUGUGCGGGAACCGCCACUUUCCACCUGCUGCAGGCCCUGCUGCUGGUCGGCCUGCACUCCCCCACCAGCCCUCGCGCACAGCUGCACAACAGCUUCUGGAGCUUCAAGCUGCUGCUCCUGUUAGGUCUCUGUACUGUUGCCUUCUGCAUCCCUGAUGAGCAUCUCUUCCCAGCCUGGCAUUAUAUUGGCAUCUGUGGAGGCUUCACAUUCAUCCUCCUACAGCUGGUGCUGAUCACAGCCUUUGCCCACUCGUGGAACAAGAAUUGGCAAACUGGAGCAGCACAAGACUGUAACUGGUUCCUAGCUGUGUUAGUGGCCGCCCUCGGAUUCUACAUCAUGGCAGGUGUGGGAGCCGCGCUACUGUUCCACUACUACACACACCCUGAUGGCUGCCUGCUCAACAAGAUGUUACUCAGCCUGCACCUUUGCUUCUGCGGCCUCCUCUCGUUCCUCUCCAUUGCACCUUGCAUCCACCCCAAGCACCCAGGCUCUGGCCUUCUACAAGCCUCUAUCAUCAGCUGCUAUAUCAUGUAUCUGACCUUCUCUGCACUGUCCAGCCGUCCCCCAGAGACAAUAACCUUUCAAGGACAGAAUCACACCUUGUGCCUGCCUGGCCAGAAUAAACUGGAGCCACAAAUACCAGACACCUCAGUAGCAGUGUUGAGUGCUGGCAUCAUGUAUGCUUGUGUGCUUUUUGCUUGCAACGAGGCUUCCUACCUGGCUGAGUUAUUUGGACCCUUGUGGAUCAUCAAGGUUUACAAUUACGAGUUCCAGAAGCCCUCACUCUGUUUCUGCUGCCCCCAAACAGUGGAACCAGAGGAUGGACUAAGCAGCAGAGCCAGGCCAGCUGACCAAGAGACCCCUGCAGCCGCUCAGGUGCAGAGCCGGCAUCUUUCCUACAGCUAUUCUGCCUUCCACUUCGCCUUCUUCCUGGCUUCACUCUAUGUCAUGGUUACCCUUACCAACUGGUUCAGCUAUGAGGGAGCAGAACUGGAGAAGACCUUCACUAAAGGUAGCUGGGCUACCUUCUGGGUCAAAGUUGCCUCCUGCUGGGCCUGUGUACUCCUCUAUCUGGGGCUGUUCCUGGCUCCGCUGUUGGCUCCCCACGCAGAAUCACCACCACCCUGGUGUCUCCAGGCAACAAUGUCAUCCAGUCAGGAAUGACAGGUAAAAACUAGCUCCCCAUCUAUAUUAACAAACUGGGGUACCCUUUAGAUCAUGCUCCUAAUGUUAGCUCCAAGAGUCACUAGCCGAGCUCAGUUCCUCAAGGACAAAUGGGUAGUUCCCACCACAUAGGCUCAAUACUCUACCUAAUUAUCUAAACUGGAAGAAGUGGCCCAACACCUAGUUUCCUGAUUCAUCGAAACUAGUGUCUUCAUUCAAGCUCAAGAGUCUAACUCAGGAGCUUUAGCUGAUCCUAGCAGUGUGGCCCCAGCCCCUUCCUGGCUCCUGAGCUGGAGGUAAGGGGCAGGGAAAGACCAACAGAGACUGAAGAUUUCGGUCUGCUCUUGGCAAUCAAAAGAAAACAAGUGGUUCAGGCCUGGGCACAGGGAUGUAAGAAGCCCAGAACCACAGAACAAACCAAGGCACACAAAGAAUGGAGCAGAGGCUGCCACAGGUUUUCAUCCUGAUCUUGAGGUCAAAGAAAAUGGAAGACAAAAAACCACCUUCAUUCCACGAGGAAUGACAGAACAGAAGAGAAUGUGGACACUUGAGAGCAGCUGAACACCGGAAGUCGGUGAACAGGACUUUUUUUUUUUUUUUGGCCAACCUUCAAGCAAACCAAGAAUGAGGAAGAGA